CGCGUCCAAUUGGCCGCCUGCUCUUGAACACGUGACGCUAUCAGCUGUGGUAUAAGUUGAAGAGAGGGUCAGAUGUAUGAGUCAGUACCGAGAUCUCUUCCGUUGAAUGAACUGUCCUAAGUGAUACCUUUUUUUAAAAUUAAUACUACAAGCUGGACUUUCAGCAGUUGUGUGCGCCGAAAACGGUGGACUGUUUCCAGUGAAAGUGGUUUCCAAACACAUGCCAGGAUGGUACCGCAGAAUACCAUGUUUAACAACAACAAUCGUUCACCUUCUUCGCCAGAGUCCUGCAGCGACUUCGGCUCUCAGCAAGUCGACCCGUCCUCCAAUACCCCGUACACCGAUGCCACAAACUGCAAAAAGGUGACAAACCACAUCAAGAGACCUAUGAACGCUUUCAUGGUCUGGUCUCAGAUUGAACGGCGAAAGAUUUCGGAAAUUCAGCCGGACAUGCAUAACGCCGAAAUCAGCAAGCGGCUGGGGAAGCGAUGGAAGCUCCUAGGCGAAGAGGACCGUCAGCCGUUCGUUGAAGAAGCCGAGCGACUGAGGUUGCUACACAUGCAGGAGUACCCAGACUACAAAUAUCGGCCUAGGAAGAAGGCGAAACCAGCGAGCAGCAAAAGUGAGAGCGGUAAGCCAACCAAACAUUCUGUGAAAAGUCAUAAAGCUGACAGACAUAAGUCUGUGAAAUCAGUGAAAAGUGCUCUUUCUACAACUCAUCAGUCCUGCACGGCGCAGGAGUUCACUAGUGCUCACCAAACUGCCGCUAACAGACUGAAACUGCGUCUGACCAUUGACAAGAAAUUCAAGGAUAGCAUUAAGGCUAGUAAACACGUGCCCAUGUCUGCCAGCCAACUCACCCCACCUGCCAAAGUCCCUUCCAGUCCGACGGUGUACAGUCCGCCAACCCCGGAGUCGACGAGCUUUUACCCGGACACGCCAGUGGCCUCCCCUCAGGAAGAUAUCAAACCUCAAAUCAUUCACCCUGUGACGCGUACCGAACAAGCCAUGCAGGUGGAGACGUCGUCGACGCUGGCAGACCUAGACAAUUUGGCUGACGUUCUUCAGCUGAUGCCCAGUAACUGGCAGCUAGAACUCGGCAAUUUGGACUUGAGCAAACUCGCUGAAACGGACUUAAAUUUCGACCUGCAAAAUAAUCUCAAUGGGAACUCGCAUUUCGAAUUCCCGGACUACUCAACGCCAGAAGUUACCGAGAUGAUCGAAAGUGAUUGGCUAGACUCUGGUCUAGGCUGUCUGAUAUCAACGCAGUGACUUCUAAAACAAUCUUAAAGAAAAAAUGAUCAUCCUUGUAAAUAUAUCCAAAGACAUCUAAGUGCAUAUACUAAAGAGACUUGUACAUUUCUGUAAUUAUAUCAUCCCAGCCGUUUUUUGUCGCGGACCAGUGACUUGUUAUACAUAGACUUGUAUAUAGAUAUAUAAAUAUAUAUAUUAUAUACACCUACACGAAACUACAUGUUGUGGAUAUUUAUGUCUGGACAGAAGACAUGUUGACAUUCUACUUUGUGAUCACAAGAAAUUAUAUUAUUAUAUUGACGAAUAUUACGAAAAGUCUAUGCAGGGAAGGCCUUUGCAGUAAAAAUGGACCUUUCCAUGCCUUAUAUUUUUGUACGUCCCUGUCUCGAACACCACAAGAACUGGCCCACAACGUGUCCGCCGUGGUCCAGACCUCCUGUUAUACCCCCCAGUUAAACCUGCGGCAGGGAGUGGGGAAGCCGAUGUGCCUGUGUACAUUUUAAGCCAACUCGUGUUGAUUUUUCAGCGAGGUCUGUAUGUGCAUUUCUCCCCCCUCUACUCACCCUGCUUGAGGGGAAACAAACUCUGAAGUGGGACUGUGCUAUAGGAACCUGUGUAUCGCCGAAACUUUCUUCACAACUUCAUUGCUCCGAUAGAUGGUCAUUCUAUAUAGGAUCUUUACCAUUCAUCAUUGACAGAUUGCUAUAUAUAUUUAUAUGUAUAUAUAUAUAGCAAUGUGUAGAUUGCUAGUGAUUUUUCCGUACUGAACAAGAUGUGUAAAAUUGUAUUUUUAUGAAGUUUCUGAGAACGACUUUAAAUAAGAAAAAUCAUUAUUGAUAUUGCGCUGUGCAUUUUAUGUGUAUAAGUGUUGAUAAUAGAAAAAAAUCAUAACGUUUCAUCAAAGUUACUUUUUAUAUAUAAUUUUGGAAACCUUUUUUUUUUUUUUUUUUUUAUACAAUAGAGCUCUUGUACUAUAACUAACGUUUAUACCGAACCUAUAUUUAGCAAAAACGGCCUUAAUUUGUUCGGGGACUCUAGUAUUUAUAUGUAUGGGUAAGGCAAGGAUAAGUUAAAACACCCCGCAAUAGUUUUUACAUGGUUGGUUACAAUUGUGAGUUUAGAAUCAAGAUCAGAACAAAAAACAGUACUCUAUUUUUGGCACGGAAGGCCACUUCGAAUGUUCUUGUAUAUUAUACCAUCGUGUACCACUUGGUCGAGUCGUACAUUUAACAAAAAUGAGAAAUAUAGACUUAACUUUGACAAGAUAACUAUCCUGCUUGUUGUUGUUGACGGUCAUGGCAUGCCAUGUGUUGAGUCGUUCUGUCUCUGUUAUGUGUGCAUUAGCUCACUCAGUGCUGUCCCUUUAACCAAGUUAACUUUUAGUCGCAAUUAUAUUUGCACUAGCUGCCCGAGCCUAAGAGGGUUUCCGUUUUAUAUA